UGUUGAUGGUCUGAGAGAGCGAAUAUUUCACCAUGGUUCAUCACGCAGCUGCACUGCUGCUACUGCUGCUCACCUGGCCGGCAGGCUUUUCUGCCAGUGAAACUGAGCAGAGUGGACAUGUGGAGGCCACCUCAUAUGGGCCGUCCUCAGUGCAGAUCAGUGGGGUUGACAUUGUUACAGUGGGGAUUCUUUACGGUUUCCAGUGUUCAGCCAACUGCUACCCGGACUGCCAGUUCACCUGGACUGAGAAUAAUGUGACCUCUGAGGGUUCAGAACUGAGCCUGAAGCUGCUGCAGGUAGAACCAAUGCUGGUUCUCACCUGUAAAGCUGUCAACUCUGCAACAGGGGAGUCGGUCAGUGUCCAGAAGACGCUGCAAGUGACGGCUGGACCAUCCAACAUCCAGAUCAGUGGUCCGGCCUACCUCAGUGCCACUGGUGCUUCCAAAUACACCUGCUCAGCUGACUGCUACCCGUCAUGCAGCUACACCUGGAAGGUUUUGGUAGACAACGAGGUUUUCAGCACCUCACAAGGCGACACUAUUUCCAUAACUCCACCUACUUCUACUGUUAAUUCUGAAACUGUAAUCUGCCAAGCUCAGGACACUGUCUCACAACUUUACAUCUCCACCAUUCAGAAGCUGUAUGUGGCAACUUUAUCUGACAUCAGCAUCUCCGGUGACAGCACAGUGACGAUGGGCGAACAGUACACCUUCAUAUGCUUCGCUCAGUGCAUCCCUCCCUGCACGUUCAUCUGGAGCUACAUGGGGAAGAUUUUCCAGGGUGACAAAGUCCAGAUACCCAUCCUGAACCAGGGGCAGAUGCCAAACAAGGAGAGUCGCAUUGAGAUCACUGUCAGCGACUCUUCUACAACUGAAUCUCUCACCUGUCAGGCCUCAAACUCAGGGACGCAUCAAACCAUCACUGCAACCAAGAACCUCACUGUCAUUGAUCCCAUCUCAGUUCGUCCCUCCUCUCAGGCUCUACCGGUAGCAGAUAAAUCCUUCACCCUGCAGUGCGUCGGAUCGCAGAAUCCAGCCUCCAUCAUGUGGCUGAAGAACAAACAGCCAAUGAUGGCUUCAGAAAGAAUUAGUUUCUCUGUUGACAACAGCUCAGUGACCUUCAGUCCUCUGCUGCAGACAGACGAUGGUUUAUACCAGUGCGUGGUUUCAGAAGUCGACACUCCGAUUAAGUCUGUUGGCUACCAGAUGCAAGUAGACUAUGGACCGUCCUCAGUGGUGAUCAGUGGGGUCGAUGUGGUGACUGUGGGGAUACUUUAUGGUUUCCAGUGCUUAGCCAACUGUUACCCCACCUGUACGUUCACCUGGAUCUGGGGAAACUCGACCUCUGACGGCUCUGAGUUCAGCCUGAAGCUCAGUGAACUGCAGUCAGCACAGAACCUGACCUGCACGGCUGUAAAUCCUGCUACCAGAGAAUCACUCACUGCUCAGAAGACGCUGCAAGUCACAGCCGGACCGUCCAACAUCCAGAUCGUCGGUCCAACCUUCCUCACUGCAGGAGUUAGGUCCAACUUUAGCUGCUCUGCUCACUGCUUCCCCUCCUGCAGCUACUCCUGGACUGGUGUCUCCAUAGAAGGAGAAUUCAGCUCUGAACAAGGAAGCACAAUCUCCAUCACUCCGACAAACACCACCACCUUUGAGAAUCUCACCUGCAAGGCUCAGGAUACUGUGUCACAACAAUACAUCUUGAGGAGUCUGGCUCUGCUGGUGGCAAUUGGGCCAACUAAGAUGGAGAUGGUGAAACCCAACAAUGCAUUGGUGGCUGAGGUUCUGUACAUUCUGCCUGGAUCUACAACGGAGCUGCAGUGUUUGGCUGACUGCUUCCCCACCUGCUCCAUCACCUGGUUUUACAACAACACACUCCUGGCCACAAACGCCUCCAUACUGUUCACACCUGACACUUCUCAAUACAAGGCUGCCCUCACCUGUGUGGCUUCUAACCCGCUGUCAAAGGAAAACAAAACAGCUGAGACCACAGUUGUUGUUUCGGAUGGACCUAAAGACGUGGUCAUUUCAGGGCCAAACUCUCUUGAAAUCGGUGUCACAUCGAGUUUUAAAUGCUCGGCUGAGUGCACUCCGUCCUGCAGCUUCACGUGGACUCUGUACGGUAACAACGUAAAAGGUGAUGUUAUUGACAUCACCGUGAACCGACACAUUUCCAGCGAAUCCAUCAGUUGCCGGGCUGAGAACACAGUCACCAAGAGGACGGCGACGGUCAACGAGACGCUCAGUGUGUCAGAGCCUCAAUGGUGCGGCUGUUGAAAUGCUGGACAAACUGUGUGAACCGAUUCCUCCUGUUAACGGCUAAGCACACACACGUAAACAUUGGUUAUCUUUGUUAUCAAUGAUUCUAAGCGUAUGGCUGUAUUUGCUCGGGCAUUGUGCUCUCUGACUAGAGUGGUUCCCUGCCUUCAACACAAUGCAUACUGGGAUAACCUCUGUGUGACCUGAACACAAGCUUAGACCUGCAUUGAAACGAAGUGUGUGCUUAAAGUUAUGUACUACAUAAAGCUCGUCUAAUUUCAAUCACAAUGUAUUCCCAUUUGUCUUGAUAUCAUUAAUAAACAAUGAGCUGCUUUACUGAU